AUGGUGAAAAAAUGGGUUCCAUCAGCCCACGGUCUUGUUCGUAUUGAAGUUCCUGCAGACCAACCCGCCCAACAAUCUGCCAACGCCCGCAGAAUUGUGGCCCGUUCCGCAUCCAUGAACUCCUUAUCGAGCCGGGCUAGAAACCAAAGACUUGCAGCAAAGUCCGGUCCACCGCUGUCACAAAAGAAAAGUGUGCAGGGCAUGUAUACGCAAAAGACUCAAAUGUCCGCUGGUCCUACUAUUGUGGAAGACGAGACUGAGGACAGGAAAGAAGCCGCAGAGCAUAAUGUCCCGCCUCAAUCUGACACUAUUGAUGUCAAGCUUGAUCCUGCAGAGACACAUGACGCUCCAAGGGAAGAGACUAAUGAUUAUUCUGAAGAUGAACGGGAGCUAGCUGAACAGAAGCUGGAGGAACUAGUCAGGCAGAAAGAGCAGGAGAUAUUGCAAUCUGUGCUGCAACAGCAGGAGCUAGAAGCUGCCCACUCAUUGGUAUCCGUGUCCAACGAGUCGGUUUCCAUUCAAAAUCCGCUGGACACAUCGAGUUUCUCUAAGGCAUCGCUUUCAGGAUCUUCCAAUGGCUAUGACGAGGUUGCUUUGGUCGAUGGGUACACGGGUGGCUUCACUGAGAAUCUAGACGCGAAAGAACAUUCAGGAACUACAGAAAAUGCAGAUGAGUCUUUGGUGACAGACGCCAGUGCUGACCGCACGUUCCAGGAAAGCGACACUGCCACUUCAAACACCACACAGGACAUGGGCCAGACGAUGGCGCAAAGACUGAGACCGACACUCGGGUUCCAGAGAUCGUCAGAGGAGCAGAUCUCCACUGCACCGCAGCCAGCCAGCGAUCCAGAAAUUCCGGCUCGCUCGUCCAAGAGACCAUCCAUCAGCAAAUUAGAAGACAUUGAUGGCUCCUUAAGUGCUACGGCGGAAAGAGUGCCUAGACCGGCUGCUGAGACACAAAAGAGAAAGUCUGUUCUGAAAAAUACCAACAGUUCUUCUAGAUUGUCUGUGAAUGAUGUGUCGGUUUCUUCCUCUGCCUACCUUUCGUUGGCCACAGCAGAGAACACCAGAUUGAACGCAAUGGCUUCGUCGUCGUCUCUCAAUCUGUCGCAGCAACCGCGAGCAUCUCCAUCGCAUAAGAGAGCUCCCCAGCCAGAAAGGGUUACCAGGCAACCUCCUAACGAGCACAAAGGUAUGCGGCUCAGUCUGCGCAGCACCCAAGCGGCCCCACCAAGAGGCAGGCGUGACUCUGUUGGCGGCCUGCCGUCCAAUAGCUCAACGCCAGCGCAUCUAGCAGCAGCUACGCGAGCCGCACAACAUCAUAAUCCGCAGCACUUUGAGCCAACUCAGACCGCAAAGAAACACGAGUACAAGGCUGCACCAAAGUCAGAGGCUCAAUUGCGUGCGGCUGAACUUUACAAAAAAGCCAACGAGAGAAAAAGUCGCCGCGAAUCUAUUCUUAAUGUUCAAUAUGUACAACAGGUUGGCGUAAAGCUUGAGAGGACCUCAUCUUUUGAAAAGAACCAGGAGGCCAGAAGAGCCAACAGGUUCACGCUGAGAGAUGAGCCCGCUUUUGCAUCUGCUCAGGAACAACAACAACAAGCACAGACAUAUCAGGCCCCAUACAAAUCGCGUUUCGACGACUAUGAUUCCGACGCUGAGGAAGGAAACGGACAACUCAACGGCAAGCCAUCUCGGAACACACUGAGAAGUAUUAGUGCAGAACAACCGCGGACGCAGCAACAGCCAGCACAGCAAAGGUUCUUUAGCGAGCAGGUUGCACAAGGCAAGGCUCCUGAAGAGAAAAAGAAGAGAUUUGGCAAGCUCCGCAAAUUGUUUGGCAAGAAUGCCAAGCAUUAA